UGCACCUGCACCACGCUGAACUGCGGGCGGAAAACAUGGCUGUACAGACACAAGAAAACCAGAAGGUUCUCUUCUGCCCCGUCGGCUCCCUUUUUUCUCUUUCUAUAUCCGAACCUCUUGACGGUCAAAUGCUUUCAGGAUGUUUCCAGUUCAGCAGCGAGGUGAAGCCAGGAUGGAUACAGUACGAUCCUAACAAGAUCACAGUGAUCACGUCUAAUGAGAUGUUUAGUCCCGUGUACAGCCUUAGCAGCAUUGUACAACCAAAGAAACAGAUGCUCCAGCUCGUGACAGAAGAUGACGUCUCGACACUAAAGAUUCUUCUAGAGAAGCCAGUCUUGCUCUGUGUUACCAGGCGACAUCAGUUUGACAACCCGAUCGACGUGUCACCAAUGGACACAGAUGUCUCCAACAGGUGUACCGUAAGCGGCUUUGAUAUUGACUUUGCGGUCGUAUUCCCUCCGGCGCUCUUAAAGGAUAAACUGAAAGAAACUCUGGAACUCAUUCGCGUUUACAUAAAAAAGAAACGUAAAUUUUGCGUUACCAUCGACUUAAAACAGGUCUUGAAGGAGCUAACUCCCCAAGAAUUGCAAGAGAGUGACUCAAAGGAGUACGUUUCCUGGCACAACACAGCCUUUUGGCUUACAAAUCACUGUAAACCGUACCACUCUCUCAUGUACGUCAAUACGGUCUUGUUCUGGACCACUUUGUUUCCUUACGCGUUGUUUGUGGCUUUGCCGUAUCGUGCGGGACGCCGUCUUCUUUGCAAAGAUAAACACCUAGCAGUUCGUAUCCCGAUGAAGUUCACGUAUGGGCAUGUAGAUGACAAAGUUGUGGUGUUUUUAUGGACAAAUGACCCUCCCCCACCCGGGGAAUACAACAGGAAUACAAACAGAUUCUCUAUAACCGCUGCGCAUUUGAAUUGGCUACGACCAUUCCUACGGGACUCUAGCUUGAUCACAUUUGACUUAAACGUAGAUAAUGGAGACGAUUAAAAAGCGAAAAUUUCAACUCUUAGGCAUUUAAUUGGUAAAUGACAGGUUUUGGUUUGUUAUGAAAAUGAGAAAGAAACAUUUUUCAGAACAUAAUUGUGCCCUGAUAUUUCUAUCACCGUGAAUUUUCCAAGUAACUUCAGAAUACUUGGCUACUUGUCGGAACGCUCAAAAGAACGAGGCGUGACACAAUAGGUACUUUUUGAAAUAAAUAAAUUUGAAUACGAGAUUAUUAUAGUAAUGAAAACACCAGGGACAAAAGAAAUCCAUGUAAGUGAGUUAGCUUAAUUCAGGAAGAGUACGUGCUUAUGUAUUUUGUUUUCUUGUGUGUGAUGUUCCUAUUCAGGACGAAAGGAAUUUUUAGAAGUAAAC